GCCGAAUAGCCAAUCGAAGCACUCCGUGUGCGCUGUACUAGGCGGUCCCGUCAGCGCCUGGCACCCCAGGUCACAGGGGGUCCGACCCUUCGGCCGUUCCCCGCGGAGCUGUGGCGGCGCCAGUCAGGCGGUUUGUGGCUGUGAAUCUGAAGUUCUCCAUUUGGACCUGUGGCUUCAGGGAAAUCCUAUGGAGAAUCCAGAUAACAAGACAGAGGUCGUUCUGCUGGCCUGUGGUUCUUUCAAUCCAAUCACCAACAUGCACCUGAGGCUGUUUGAACUGGCUAAAGACUACUUGCAUGAAACAGGAAAAUACAACGUAAUCAAAGGAAUCAUUUCCCCAGUGGGUGAUGCAUAUAAGAAGAAGAGUUUGAUCAGCGCCAGUCACCGAGUAACCAUGGCAAAGCUUGCUACAGAAAGCUCAGACUGGGUGCAAGUUGAUGACUGGGAAAGCAGCCAGAAUGAGUGGCUGGAGACACUCAAAGUUCUACGAUACCAUCAUCAGAAACUUGCAUCUUCUACUCCUGCUAACAGCCUGCAGAAUGCUGUACCUCUAAUAAAGCCAGGCCGAAAGAGAAAACAGGAAGCCAAUAGAUACAUUCCUGCUAAAAAGUAUCAACUGAGUCCAGAAACAAAAGGUGUCCCACAGCUGAAGCUGCUCUGUGGAGCUGACAUCCUGGAGUCCUUCGGAAUCCCCAACUUGUGGAAGCUGGAAGACAUCACUGAAAUUGUGGCAAACCAUGGCCUUGUCUGCAUAACUAGAGCUGGAAACAAUGCACAGAAAUUUAUCUAUGAAUCUGACACGCUGUGGCAACACAAGAAUAACAUUCACCUGGUAGAAGAGUGGAUCACCAAUGACAUCUCUUCCACCAAGAUCCGGAGAGCACUGAGGAGAGGACAGAGCAUCCGUUACCUGGUCCCUGAUGCAGUCCGGGCUUACAUUGAAAAACACAACCUGUAUAGUCCAGAAAGUGAAGACAGGAAUACUGGAGUUAUUCUGGCCCCUUUACAGAAACAUGCUAGGGGGUGUAAGCAGGAACAGACACUGUAAUCAAGCCUGUCUUUAUGCUGUGAAAACCCUAUGCUUGAACAUGGGAAGAUGUUUAAUCUCUCCUACUAAAUCAAGUCUGAUUAUGUAGCCCUUGUACGUAUGUAAGUACCAUUGAAUUCAAUGGGAGUUUUGUGCAUAUGGGGCUUAAGCUUUUACAGCACAGCCCUUGUUUUAAAAAAA